GGAAUGUCCGUUCAUGAGACUGUAAGCCCUAAGCCUAUGGAGCAUAUUUUUGAUUGGGGUGGGUUUAUUGUUGAGGUGAUUGCAACCCGUGGUAAAUAUUUAAAAAAGGCAACCUUUGAUGAAUCAUCAUCCGCUUGUCCAAAACCGAUCGAAAAGCCAAAAGAGGACGAUGUUUUGUAUCAAAAUUGUAAUAAUCCACAAAAACGUAUAUUCUGUUUGGCAUAA